AUGCAACCAUAACAAUUAAAAUAACAGCCUUAAUAAAUAAAAAAAAUAGAGGGUCCAUCUACUAGUCCUUAUGGCAAGAUCAAGUUUGAGAAUAAGCAAUCGUAGAAUUCUCCAAGCAUACAAGUAAUAAUCAGAAUAACAUUUAGAAAGAGAUUGGCUAAUAUGUGUAUAAUUUGAAUAAUGUUAUUGGGACUGGAGAAUUCAGUUCAGUCUAUAAAGGUCAGGAUUAAAAUACAAAUGAAACAGUGGCUAUCAAGAUUAUUGAUAGGAAAAGCAUUUAAAACAAUUAAAUUUUUCGAAAUUUAUUGGUUAAUGAAAUCAACAUCCUCAAGUCAGUUGACAAUAAAUGCUUGCUUAAAUUAUACAAUUAUCUUGAAACAAUGAAUAAUAUCUAUAUUGUGACUGAAUUUUGUUCUGAUGGUAAUUAGUCAGUGGAUUUUAGGUGAUUUGCAAUCUAUAAUAGAAAAAAAAGGAUACUUGCCAGAACACAAUGCAGUGAAGAUUUUAAAACAUCUCAUUAAAGCAUUGCUAUAUCUAAAGGAAAGAAAUAUUGUACACAGAGACAUUAAGACAUAAAAUAUUUUAGUUUCAAAUUAAAUACCAAAAUUGGCAGAUUUUGGAUUUGCUGUUGACUUAAGUCAACCUCAGUCAAGGUAUUUAUAUAAUAUAUGUAGAGAAAUUUUAUAAAUAGGAACCCCAUUAUACAUGGCACCAGAAAUAUAUUCUCAUUAUCAAUAUACUUCAAAAACUGAUUUAUGGGCACUUGGUAUAGUAUUUUAUGAAAUGUUAUUUGGUAUGAAAUUAUGAAAUAAAUAGGAAAGGUACCAUUCAAUGCUAAAAACCCUAAAGAACUAGAGCAAAUGUUUUAAAUGCACAAAAAGGCUUAAACUAUUUCAUUUGAGAAUGGUCCUUAAAAAGUCACAGAAGUUGCCUAAGACUUUAUAAAUUCCAUAUUAGUGAUUGACCCUAAAUAAAGAUUUGAUAUAUCAUAGGCUGCCAAUCAUCCAUUGAUAUAAAGUAAUUUUUAUUUUUAACCAAGACCCACACCCACAUGCAAACAAAUAAAAUUGA